ACCGUCUCCAUGGAGACCUGACAGGAACGCCCACCAGUGUGGAGCAGAGCAGAGCUGAGGGUGGCGGUGCGGCGACUCAUUUUUGCGCGUCUCCGUGGUCACGUAGCCUGAAAACACACACAAAACCCCCCGGUAAAUGAUAUAUGUGCUGCAAGGACAGUCCUUUACGUUUGUAUUGUCCUCCAUUGCUGUGGAGAAGCCGUCUCAGAGCAUCAUGUGGACAGGUCUCUGCGUUCCGCAGCAAACCCCCACCACGCCGGAGGGAAGCCGUUGUUAAAUGCAAGGCGUGGCUGAGCGGGAGAGAGAGCGAGCUCCUCUCUGCGGUUUUGAUCUCCGACUGCGUACACCUGUCUUCACACACGCAAUUUUCCCUCCAGUUCUCCAUCACUGGCGGAGCUGCGACACAGAGAAGAGCGAGGGAGCGAGCGCGCGCCGCAAUCUCACGGUAAAACAAACAAACAAACAAACAAACAAAAAAAAAACGGGGUACACGCGCGCAGGGCUUUUUUCUCUCUCUCUCACCCCUCUCCGUUUCAUGAACGGCGAUAUCGUGCGCGCGGGUCGGAAGCUGGCUGACUCGUUACCAUGGCUCUGGUUAGCGCGCGACGCUUUUGCUCGCUCUGCGUUCUCGGGCUCGUGCUGCUCUCCGCGCUGGGAGCUGAAGGCAGGAGGAGGACGGCGCGCUGCCCCGCGAGCUGCACGUGCACCAAAGACACCGCGCUGUGCUCGAGCAGCUCCUCCAUUCCGCGCGGCUUCCCUCCCGACGUCAUCUCACUAUCCUUCGUGAAGUCCAGCUUCAGUGAAAUCCCCAAGGAGAGCUUCAUUCACAUCCCAGCACUCCACCUCCUACUUUUCACAGCUAACGUGUUUGAGUCCAUAAAUGAGGAUGCCUUCCUUGGUCUUCCACAUUUGGAAUACCUGUUUAUUGAAAAUAAUCAAAUCAAGUCUAUAUCACCUUUUGCCUUCCGAGGUCUUAAGUCCUUAAUACACUUGAGCCUUGCCUUCAACAAUCUGGAGUCCCUACCAAAAGAUCUCUUUAAAGGGGUGGACACUUUGACAAAAGUUGACUUGCGUGGAAAUCUGUUCACCUGUGAUUGCAAACUGAAGUGGCUGGUGGACUGGAUUUACCACACGAACGCAACCGUAGACCAGAUAUACUGCAACAGCCCUCCAGCCUAUCAAGGAAAGAAAAUCAACGAUCUUACUCCACAGUCAUUUGAUUGCAUAACAACUGAUUUUUCAUUGCUGAAGUCUCUCGAGUUCCAGUCCAUUUCAGUGGAGACGUUUACUUUUGGUGGUGACCAGUAUGUGGUGUUUGCCCAGCCUUUCAUUGGAAGAUGUAGCUUUUUGGAAUGGGACCAUGUUCAAAUGGAGUUUCGGAAUUUUGACAAUAUAACGAGUACCUCCACUGUAAUUUGCAAACCUCUGGUGAUCGACGACCAGCUGUUUGUCAUAGUGGCUCAGCUCUUUGGUGGCUCACACAUCUACAAGCGAGACAUCUCAGCCAACAAGUUCAUCAAAAUCCAAGACAUUGACAUCCUAAAAAUCCGCAAGCCUAAUGAUGUGGAGGUGUUCCGCUUGGAUGGAGAAUCCUUCUUUGUCAUUGCCGACAGCUCCAAAGCUGGUUCUACCACCGUGUACAAGUGGAAUGGCAAUGGCUUUUACUCGCACCAGUCGCUGCACCCGUGGUACCGUGACACGGACGUGGAAUAUCUGGAAAUUUCUGGCAAGCCACACCUGAUCUUAUCCAGCAGCUCACAACGGCCUGUUGUCUACCAGUGGAACAGGAGCUCCAAGCUGUUUGAGAGGCGCACUGACAUCCCUGAGAUGGAGGAUGUGUAUGCUGUGAAGCACUUUCAAGUGAAGGGUGAGCUCUAUGUGUGCCUAACACGCUUCAUUGGUGACUCCAAGGUGAUGAAAUGGGACGGCGCCAUGUUUGAAGAGGUCCAGAGUGUGCCAUCACGAGGCUCCAUGGUCUUCCAACCAUUCACAGUGGCGGAAUGGCAGUACGCCAUCCUGGGCAGCGACUACUCCUUCACUCAGGUGUACCGCUGGGAUGGCAAGAAAGGCCAGUUCAUUCACUUCCAAGAGCUCAACAUCCAGGCCCCACGGGCAUUCUCCCUGGUGUCCAUUGAUAAUCGAGAGUUCCUCUUGGCAUCCAGUUUUAAGGGGCAAACACGCAUAUAUGAACACUUGAUCCUUGACUUGAGUGAUUGAUUGAAUGGGGAAUGGGGGGAGUUACUGAUAAAACAGUGAUACUUUCCACUUUGUGGGUAAAUAGGGAGAAGAUACUGAUAAAUCAGUGAUGCGUCCCAGCUUGAGAAUGGAUGACAUGGGUAGCACACAUGCAUGCCAAUGCCUCUAUGUAGGUGUCCACCAUCGCUUGAAAUCCAUAUUGUUAAGCCAAGCCAUGCUCUAACACUUCACUGAGUGUAUUGUUAUCUUAACUAAAAGAUUACAGAUUUUGGUGAUUAUUGUAAACACAGCUACUGAAAAUAGAUCUUUUAUUCUAUUCUAUUUAUUAUCCUGUUUGAAACAAGUAAAUAUGCUAAAUUCAAUGUUUACAUUUUAUCCCUGCUUUCCAUUUGUAAAUUGAAUAAGUAUUACGCUUUUGAUAGACGUGGGGCCAAACCACCAAAAGAAUUUGAUAGGUUUUGAAAUAAUUUUUAUUGAUGUUGGUUUGUAUGAUCUGUUAACGCAACUAAAGACACUGUUUUAAUAAUUAAAUCCAGUAAUAGUUAUGUGAUUCAAAAUUUUUAAUAGACCUUACUAUCAUGACAUAUCUCUAUUGGACCAACAAUCGUUCGCCACACAUGUACUCAAUUCAUUAUGCCUGCAUUGUUUGGAAACCAAAGGUCAAAACUGAAGCCAUGGUUUUAAAUUGAAAUAAAAAUAUCAAUCACA